AGAUGCCAUACGCCUGAAGGCAACACAGCACAUAUCUGGUGGAAUUGCCAGGUAAUCAACCGCUAUUGGAGACGCAUCCAUGGAAUAUUACAAUCAGCUCUGAACACCCUCAUCCCAUUCACCCCUGAGCUCUUCAUCUUUCUAAUCCCCCGGAAUAUACCUAAACUGACAACAGACCUCCUACUUCCCCUAAUAUCAGCAGCGAACCAACUCAUACCAGCGCUGUGGAAACACCCCAAUGCCCCCUCCAUUCGGGAAUGGAUACAAAAAGUCGAAACAUUGAGAGGCCUGGAGGAGACUUGUCACUCCAUAGCAG